AUGUUCGACUUCACCGACAACACCCCGUCAAUCCUUGAAAAAGAGGGUCCACGAUCACUAUUCAGAGGUCUGGGACCAAAUCUUGUCGGUGUAGCUCCAUCAAGAGCCAUUUACUUUGCUGCUUACUCAAAGUCAAAAGAGCUGUUCAACGGGGUGUUUGUGCCCAACAGUGGACUGGUGCAUAUGUCCUCUGCAGGCUCUGCAGCGUUUGUGACCAACUCUCUCUGA